AUGCCGAUUUUGCAGCGGAAACAGUUUGGUACGGUAUACUUGCACAACAAAAGCAGUAGCAUUCCCGAGCAGUUGGAAUAUCCCGGUCGGAACGAAUCAUUGGCGCGUGCUGUUACUUUGCUGCACGAGUUAGCCACUGGGGGUGCAAAUCCGAUAGUGGUUCUGGUGCCAGAACUUGGCUUUGAAAAAUUCCUUGCUGAUGUUGCUAAGCAGUUACAGUGCAAAGUAUGGGUUGAUCGUGUGCGUCGAGAAAUAGUCAAAAUUCUUGGGCUUGAAGAGUAUUUUACAGACAAACAAACUGACACGUCCAUCUGGGCUUGCAAUGACCACAACCAGCGAGUACACCAUAUUAAAUAUUGGGACGAAAGCAGUCGUUUUGAGGUGUACAAUUUCCUCUCCUAUCUCUCGUUUUCACGAAUCGUUCCGCUGGCUCCUCACUUACCACCGGAACAGGCUGAAACAACUGAUGGAGCGGGAGACGGCGAUGAGGAAGACUGGGAUAUGUGCAAUUCAUCUGGCGUUGAAAGCUGGGCUGAAUCAACUUUUGACAAAUCGUUGGAAAGUGUUUUUGCUUGUAAUGAGAUGCUGGAUGUGCAGGAGCAAUCACUGAGCGAUGAGCAAAUCCUGAACAUUGUCACUGCUGAAGAUGAAGACACUCGUUCGAUGGAAAAUCCGGAAGAACUGCCUUCAGGAGAGACUACUGAUAAUUCAUGCAUAAUUCUAGAAAUGGACUCUGGCCCAAAUGAUGGGAGCCACCAUGGUGGUGCUUGUGGGGACGUGUUUGAUAAGGCUGCUAGAACUGCGGAUAAUCCGGAAAGGCAGAAUUUCACAGAAUUUUGUGAUAUAGUAAGCAAUUGUGGCGAACAUGCCAGUGGACAGGAAUCUUCAUCUCAAAUGGACGAAAGUUUGGAAAUUCUGGGUGCCAGUGAUGAAGACUCUCAAAGUACAACAGACACGGAAAUUCUAAACUUCAGUGAUGAGGAGUCGCAAAAUGUUUCCGAAAUUGCGAUAGAAGACAUCUCA